AUGACCACCCAAAAUUUCAUCGGUACAGACCCCGUGGAUAGAUUCCCACCAGAGGCUACUUCUAAAAUCGACGACAACGAACUCACCAAACGCGAAGUACAACGGGACUCGACGAAGGAGCCCGGCGCAAACAAACGUGCGGGUGUUGCAUCGAGGAACCCUGCAGAUUUUGAUACUUCUGGACAGAAAAACUACGGUGAUCCCAAGCCUGUUCAAGACCCCGUGAUGUGA